AUGAGGAGCGGAUGUUUGUUUCCCACAAACUAUCCAGCGAACCGACUUUCUUUCACUACGAUGCGUAACACCCAGAAACCUCAAGUCAUACGCUUUCGUACUCCGGUCGAAUUUUUUGCUCCCUACCCACUAGCGUUCAGCAGUAGCACCCUUCCGGUGCCUAGCUGCCAUGCCACCCGAAGUUUGCACGAGGGCUGGGAUACUGCCAGGUUGACCAAGCCUAGACAGGGGAAGUCGAGAGGCGGAGGUCAGAUUCGAACCACGAACCUUCCGGUCAUGGUUCAAAGUCAAGAACAGAGCCUAGCAUCGUUCAGUUCGGUGUCUAGCUGCCAUGCUACCUGGAGGAAGCACAAGGGCUGGAGUAUUGCCAGGUCAUCGAGAGGCAGAGGUCGGAUUCGAACCAAGGACCUUCCGGUCAGCUUGGGCAACCCGGCAAUAUUCCAGCCCUCGUGCCUCCUUCGUGUGGCAUGGCAGCUACGCACCGAAAGAGUGGUAAAGUUGAACGAUGAACACUGUCAGCUAAAAGUGUUCAGCAUUAACUUCCGUACACUCCAGCCAAUAUGGAAUCGCAUUAUCCUAUGGUAG